UCUAAAGAUUUGGUUACCAAAGCACUCUCUGCCUUCAACUUCAACAUACUUAGUUCUCCCAAAUGUAGCCACCGAACAUCCGCAAAAACACCAAAAAAGACACAGCCGAGAGAUACAGGGUGGUGCCCAGUUGCAGAUUUUCAAAGAUGCCGCUGGUCAAGAAGGGACCUCUCAAAAGACACAAAUGGCCGACCGAGGAGCUCCAGAAGGCCGCCAAAGUUAUCAUCGACAAGGAUACUAAGAAACCCAAGAAGAUCAAGUCCAAGGGCAAGGUGAAGGGCAAAUCCAAGUCCAAGGUCAAGUCCAAGUCAAAGGACAAGUCCAACGACAAAGUCGCUGCUGAGACAGAAGGUAAUGCGGAGGUGGUCGUCGCCUCCAGUGCCUCACGGGUGGAACGAGGCAGCGGAGAUGGUCCCCAUCAGCCGCGUUCCCAACCGAGUCUGGUGGCUUUGCAUUUCUCGGACAUCUCGCUCCGGCAUUCGGAUGUCCAAUUGCUGCAGUCCCACAGCGAAGGACUCAACGAACGGCUGGUGGCCUUCUACUUUGCAUACUUGCAGCACCGUAGGUAUCGCACCGAGCCGGAUCUGAUAUUCCUACCUCCGGCUCUAACGGCCCGGUUGGGGCACAUGGAUAUGCGGGAGCUAAGGCACACGGUCCGCGAUCGACGCCUCCACGAGAAGCCUUUUAUUUUGCUUCCGUUGUCCACUCAUCCAAGACCCCAUGGACAUUGGUCCUUACUGUUGGUUUCCCGGCCGGAUGGAAAAUUCUUUCAUUUCGAUUCUCAGGACAAUUUCCAUACCAAGCUGGCGGGUUCAAUGGCGGAAACUUUGCGAGCACCCCUCGGUGCCUGGGACUUUGUGGUAGUCACCGGCCGCUGUCUUCAGCAACAUCCCCAGAUAUAUGGUGAUCCCCAAUCGGGUAUCCAUCUCUUUUGCAUGGCCGAACAUGUGGCUGACUAUGUGACCCGGUGUGGCUAUGCCACCAGUUCCCUACUGAUUGCCUGGGAACAGAUCGACGCCAUGCGCACCAGUCUGCUGCAGUUGAUCCAAUCUCUAGGAGGUAUCCUGCCCCCUAAGAAGGGUCACUAAGAAUGCCCAUAAAAAAGGCGGUCUCUUACCUUUUAUUUUUAUUCAAUUG